CUCAAGAAGACUCUCUUUUGUGCCACUCAUCCGUCAAAGGAGGCAGACCUCUACUGCGAGACGUGUGACGAGUUGAUAUGUCGAGACUGCAUCGUUCGUGUUCAUCGUGACCACCAGUACGAUCUGGUGCCCGAGUCGUUUGCCAAGCAAGAGAAAGUGAUCGUGGACUCUAUCAAGCCAGUGGAAGAACAGAUUGCUACAUUAGAAAGAGCCGUUGAGUCGGUGGACACUCGAUGUGCUGCAGUCGUAGAACAGAAGACGGCUGUGGUGGCAGAGAUCCGGACUGCCAUGGCACACCUGCGACAAGCUCUAGAGGCGAGGGAGACAGAGCUGGUGGGUCAAGCUGAGCAGACGGCACAGCAGAAACUGAAGACCUUGGCAGCACAGCGAGACGGGUUUGAACUGCAACUGGGCCAGCUGAGGAGCUGCCAGGACUUUGUGGAGGAGAGCCGACGUACUUGCAGCCAGGGGGAGAUUCUGAGGAUGAAGAGUCCUCUCGUGAAACAAGUCAACGACCUGACAGGCAGCUUCAAGCCAGAGACAUUGGCUCUUGCCGAGCAAGCCGACAUGGUGUUUGCUCACAGUCUGCCUGAGCUUGUGACAUCUUGCCAGCAGUUUGGUAAGGUGUACUGUCAUCCAGUGUGCCCUGAGAAGUGUCGAGCUUCAGGUGUGGGCAUCAAGGUAGCCACAAGAGAGCAAACAGUGGCUGUCUCUGUAGAGGCUUUAAAUAGGGAGGCAGAAGCCUGCUUCAAACCUGUAGACAGCUUGAGGUGUGAGCUAGUUGCUAGCGAUGGCAGCAGUCGAGUCAGGGGCACUGUGAAGAGAAGAAAUCAGAACAUCUACGACAUCAGCUACCAGCCUCAGGUCACUGGAGAACAUCAACUACACAUUCUAAUAGAAGAGCACCCGAUCUUGAACAGUCCGUUCACUGUCACCGUUCUACCCAACUUCACUGCCCCAGCCAGCAUCAUUGGAGGCCUCAGCUAUCCAUGGGGUAUAGCUGUGAGGGAGGGAGGUGAGGUUGUAGUAACAGAACGGAGUAGUCACUGCAUAUCAAUCAUCAGUGGAAAUGGAGAGAAGAAAUCAUUUGGUACUUGUGGCUCAGGUCCUGAUCAGUUCGACCGUCCUGAAGGUGUAGCAAUAGACAGCAAAGGAAACAUUCUUGUGGCUGACUGUUGGAACCAUCGUAUUCAGCAGUUUUCAUCCACUGGCAACCACCUCAGAACAGUCGGUACCCAGGGCAGUGGACCUCUUCAGUUCCAGUGUCCACCAGGCAUUACAGUUCAUCCUCACACUGGCAAGGUGUAUGUUGCUGACAGGGGCAACCACAGAAUUCAGGUCUUCACAGUCGAUGGAGUCUACUUGAGGCAGUUUGGGAAGAAGGGAGAAGGAGAGGGAGAACUAAACGUCCAGUCAGUAUUGCUAUUGACUCUGGCAAUGUAGUGUAUGUUGGUGAACUGGGGAACAAUCGUAUAUCAAUAUUCUCUACUGAUGGAGAGUUUAUCAAGUCAUUUGGAAGAGAGGGAAAAGGUCCUGCGGAGUUUGAUCGUCCAUUUGGACUAGCAGUAGACAAGAAAGGAACACUGUAU